AUGGCAACUGCAAGUGAUGCCCAAUCUCCGAAAGAGCAGCAAUAUUUUACCCAAGAACCUUGGCGCGGCCAAACAACAUACAGUUAUUCAACUCCCCCUAAACACGCGGCAUGGCCACUGCAGAGCCGUGACUUCUCGCCACCCAGGGCGCUCUCUGAUAUCCCACCAGGAGGGCCGCCGCCAACGUGUCCGCUUCCGUCACCUCCGACUCGGUCAAAUGAUUCACCAGUGCUUGAGCAGCCAGCUCGACGGGACGCGGAGGUCCCCGUGCCAGGGCUCGGCCAUCCGGAGGACGCGAAGGCGGAGCCGCGGCAUAGAGCAACAACAGAAGCCGCAACAUGGGAGGCAGCACAGGUGGACCCAGGUUGUUCGUCUACGCCUCAUCCACCACCGCCAUUGAAGCGAGACACACGCCCGUCGGACGAGCCGCGUAUCGAGGUGGAAACUGCACUGGACAAAGGGUACCUCAAGCUGUCGAUGGUCGAACCAGCGAGUAACGAUUUGCAGGGCGAAUGA